AAUAAAUUCAUUUUGAUGUUGGGAAUUGAUAGCAGCAAAAAAGAAAAAUCUAGGGUUAAAAUUUGGAUAAAAAAGACUAGUAAAGGUAGACCAACUAAAAAAAAUGGCCCAGCCAAUUGAACCCAACCACCAAUCUGACCCAUUGCAAUCUCCGCCGCCUCCUCCACUUCACCAAAGCGACGCCGACGACGAUGAUCCGAACGUCAAGCAGCUCAGAGAGUGCUCUUCUGUUUACCUCUCAUUACAGGAUUGUCUUGUAGAAAGCAAUAGGAAUUGGAAAGCUUGCCAAAAAGAAGUUCAAGCUUUGAAGGCAUGCAGUGAGCGGAGGAAGACCGAUCAAGAAAAGUGAAAAUUGAAUGUCUUUGCAGUUAAUAAAUUAUUAAAGGUUUUGCUGUAGCAGAAUUCUGUAAUUUUUAGUGACGUUAGAAUCCAUUUUUUUAAUGAAAAUUUAACUUUGAGUGGUA